AUGUAUAAUUAUUUACUUGAUACGCAUCUAUCUAUCUAUCUAUCUAUCUAUCUAUGUAGUUCAGUCUAUUUAUAUUUAUCUACCUCAGUCUAUUCAGAUCUUGCCCACUGCCUCUUUGCGCUCUCUCUCUCCCUCAUUAAGUCUCUCUCCCUCCGUGUGUGCGUAAACGUUAUAAACGCAGCCAAUACUAAAACUAACUACAUCACAGCCAGACGCCAACUUUCUCCUACUCCUCCUUCACCCCUCACUUUCCUUCUUUUUUUUUCUUCUCUUUGUUGCUAUUGUUUUUCUUGCUCUCCCUCCUUGCUCUCCCACCUUGCUCUCCUUCCUUGCUCUCCUUUUCCGUAUCGUAACAAUACUAAUAUCUUCCUCGCUCACACUUACACAGAUAUUCACACGCACACACGCAUUCACUUUCUCGAAAUCACCCCCUCUCUCUCUCCUUACUUCCUUAUAUAUUUAAAACUGAUCAUAUUUAUCUAUUUUCCUAUCUAUCUAUCUAUCUAUCUAUCUAUCUAUCUAUCUAUCUCUGGUUAA